GUAGACCAUCCCAUACAUCCGCCAACUGACACGUCCGACCCAUGGGACUUGGAGUUUCCACCUGAUAACGAAUAUGCUAUCAAAAGUAUUAAUGGUGUCUUCCACGUCUACAAGGAUAAGGAAUGCACGCAAGUAGUUAAGUGUGAAUAUCCAAAUCUCAAAGAAUUCGUGAACGAUAUGCAAGUUAUGUGCAACAUGAUCGUCGAUGGACCACUGAAAUCGUUUUGUUAUCGCCGUCUUUGCUAUCUCUCAUCAAAAUUCCAAUUACACGUUCUCUUGAAUGAGCUGCGUGAGUUAGCCUCACAGAAAGCGGUGCCACAUCGCGAUUUCUACAACAUCAGAAAAGUGGACACUCACAUACACGCGGCCUCUUGCAUGAAUCAAAAACAUCUAUUACGUUUUAUUAAGAAGACACUAAAAACUAAUUCCGAUGAAAUUGUGACAGUUACCAAGGGUCAACAAAUGUCACUGAGAGAUGUUUUCCAAUCGAUGAACCUAACUACCUAUGAUCUUACCGUAGAUAUGUUGGACGUCCAUGCAGAUCGGAACACAUUCCAUCGCUUUGACAAAUUCAAUUCCAAAUACAAUCCGAUCGGUGAGUCGCGUUUACGUGAGGUCUUCCUAAAGACGGAUAACUAUUCGAAUGGCAAAUAUUUUGCGCAAAUUAUUAAGGAAGUUGCCUAUGAUUUAGAGGAAUCGAAAUACCAAAAUGCAGAAUUGCGUCUUUCCAUUUACGGUAAAUCGCCGGAUGAGUGGAAAAAAUUAGCCAAAUGGGCCAUCGAUUACAACGUGCAUUCGACAAAUGUACGCUGGCUGAUACAGAUUCCACGUCUUUAUGAUAUAUUCAAAUCCAACAAUUUGAUGAAUUCAUUCCAAAAUAUCCUGGAUAAUAUCUUUCUGCCUCUAUUCGAGGCUACCAGCCGUCCUAAUGAGCAUCCCGAAUUGCAUCGUUUUCUCAAGUAUGUCAUCGGCUUCGAUUCGGUCGACGAUGAAUCAAAACCAGAGAAUCCAAUUAUCGAUGUGGAUAUACUAACACCAGAAGCGUGGAGCGAAGAGGAAAAUCCGCCAUAUGCUUAUUAUAUUUAUUAUAUGUAUGCAAAUAUGACGGUAUUGAAUCAGUACAGAAAAGCGCGUGGCAUGAACACAUUUGUUUUACGUCCGCAUUGCGGCGAGGCUGGUCCUGUGCAGCAUUUAGUUUGCGGUUACCUAAUGGCUGAGAAUAUAUCUCACGGUCUGCUGUUGCGAAAAGUGCCAGUACUGCAGUAUCUGUAUUAUUUGUCUCAGAUUGGUAUUGCUAUGUCUCCACUUUCCAACAAUUCACUUUUCCUCAACUAUCAUCGCAAUCCGUUGCCAGAAUAUUUAGCACGUGGCUUAAUUGUCUCACUAUCGACUGAUGAUCCAUUACAAUUUCACUUCACAAAGGAACCUCUAAUGGAGGAGUACAGCAUUGCGGCACAAGUGUGGAAGCUUAGCUCAUGUGAUAUGUGCGAAUUGGCGCGCAACAGUGUAAUCAUGAGUGGCUUCCCGCAUAAGGUCAAACAACAUUGGCUCGGUCCCAAUUAUACCCGUGAAGGUGUUGCUGGUAAUGACAUUACGCGCACGAAUGUGCCCGAUAUCCGUGUUUCCUAUCGAAGUGAAACACUGCUGGACGAGUUGUCGAACAUAUUCAAGGUGCACGAGAUUCCCAAAAGUGAGUAAUUCACGUUGCUCCAACUAUCGCAGCACUGUUGCGAUAACAACCACACUGCGUCACACAACUGAGCAUCCAGAAGUAUAAACCACCACUGUGGUGCUAUGGCGUUGCAGUCGUCAUCUUCUCAUGAAUUUAUGCAACCUUCUUAAAGGAUUUUUUCUACUACAGUUACAACUAAAAUUACUUACUAAAUUAUUUCUACUACUACUAUUACGACAACUACAACAUCUACUAAAAAUCACAUACAUACAGUUGUUUCUACUUGUAUGUGCAUAUAUGUUUAUGAAUGCAUCUCGCAGGUAAAGCGCCUCUAGAAGAUAUAUUUUGAGAUGCACACAGUAUAUGUACAUACAUACAUACAUGUAUAUAUGUAUGCAUGUUAAUAAGUAAAUAUAUAGUUACACGUUGUGUACGCUUAUGUAUUGUAUUUAUUGCAUAUU